AAAUGUUGGCAUCUUUUUUUCCCUGCUUUUGCUUUAAAUGUUUAUAAAGUGUAACUAUUUAUUCGACCUACAAAUCCCCCCGGUCUACUUUACUGUAUGAGUCAAGUUUGAGUAAUUGAGAAAAGAUAUGGUUGAUUGCUUCACAACUGCUAUUUAGUCGUUUUAUUGACUGCAUCCGAGAUAGGUCAGUGUAACACUGGAACAGCAUCACCGGGUUAUCCAUUAGUCAAGGCAUAGCAAAUUCCUAUUUUAAACCAACUUGGCAGUCUAAUCAUUCCUCCUACCAAAUGUUUUCAUUCUCUUCAACAAGGCCUGAUUUCUUUAUAAAAACCAACAAAAAUCUGUCUCUCCUCAACUCAAAGCUGCACCUGAUAGGGCAUUAAAGGACAGCCCACAAGCACAUAAGACAUAGGAGGAUGAGUGAAAAGUCCUGGCCAUCCCCUAGACUAAACCAGUGAAGACAGUAUUGAUUCUGACAUAUGCUGAACUGAGAGCAGGUGGAGAACUCUGGACUAAAUAAAGGCCUGCCUGAGGAUGGCUGAAACAGCAGACUCUGGGGUCAAGGAGAGAGCCAAAUGGGACAACAAGGCUCAGUACCUGUUGACAUCUAUUGGCUUUGCAGUGGGACUUGGAAAUGUUUGGCGUUUUCCCUACCUGUGCCAAAUCUAUGGAGGAGGUGCAUUCCUCAUCCCCUACCUGAUAGCACUGGUGUUUCAGGGGCUCCCUCUGCUCUACCUGGAGCUUGCUGUGGGACAGAGGUUCCGCGUGGGCAGCAUCGGUGUCUGGAAAUCCAUCUCGCCUCUACUUGGUGGAGUCGGAAUUGCCUCCAUGAUUGUGUCAUUUCUGGUGUGCAUUUUCUACAACACCAUCCUGUCCUGGGUGCUCUGGUACUUCUUUCACUCUUUCCAAAACCCACUGCCGUGGAGCCAGUGUCCACUCAAUGAAAACCGCACAGGCUACAAUGUGGAGUGUGAGAAGAGCACACCAGUGAAUUACUUUUGGUACCGUGAGACCCUGAAUAUCUCAACGGACAUCGAGACCAGUGGCUCCAUGCACUGGUGGCUGGUUGUCUGUCUGGCCAGUGCCUGGUGUGUGGUCUACAUCUGCUUUAUCAAAGGCAUCGAGUCCAUGGGAAAGGCUGUAUAUGUGACAGCCACAUUCCCUUACCUGGUGCUGACUAUUUUCCUCAUCCGUGCCACCACACUGCCUGGAGCUACUGAUGGACUGAUGUACCUCUUCACUCCUAAAUGGGAGAUACUGAAGAACCCUCAGGUGUGGCUGGACGCAGCCACGCAGAUCUUCUUCUCUCUCUCUGUGGCCUUCGGUGGUCUCAUAUCUUUCUCCAGCUAUAAUCCGGCGAAAAACAACUGCGAGAGGGAUGCUGUUAUAGUAGGAGUAAUAAAUAGCGCUACAUCUAUAUAUGCCUCCAUUCCAAUCUUCUCCAUCCUGGGAUUCAAAGCCACCAAUGUCUACAACUCUUGUCGAAUGGAAAACAUCUUGGAUCUGACCAACCACUUUGAGCUUGCGGAGCAGAACAUAACACUUGAAAACUACGAUCAGUGGUUUGACCAUCUGAAUAGUACAUAUCCAGAUCAGGUGGCCAGUUUGAAACUGAGGCCCUGUGACCUGCAAAAAUUCCUUGAUCAGAGCGCAUCGGGUACUGGCCUCGCAUUUAUCGUGUUUACCGAAGCAGUGAUAGAAAUGCCAGGCUCGCAGGUAUGGGCCGUAUUGUUCUUCAUCAUGCUCUUCAGUUUGGGCCUCUCCUCCAUGUUUGGCAACAUAGAGGGAAUCCUCACACCCAUCAACGACCUCAAAUUACUGCCCAAUUGGAUCCCUCAUGAAGUCAAAACAGCAAUCAUCUGCAUGAUAUGCUUCUUGACGGCACUCCUCUUCACCCUGAGUUCGGGGAACUACUGGGUGGAGGUCUUCAACGGCUAUGUGGGCUCUGUGCCUCUGCUCAUCAUUGCAUUCUUUGAGAUUAUCGGAGUCGUUUAUGUCCAUGGAAUGAAAAAUUUCAGUGAUGACAUCUAUUUCAUGACUGGAUCGAGGCCUAACAUCUACUGGAAGGCAUGCUGGAUGGUGAUCAGUCCUUUAAUGCUCCUGGUGGUGUUUGUUGCCUACGUGGUUGUUCAAGCACAGAAACAUCCCACCUAUCCCACAUGGAAUCCAAAUUAUGACGAAUUCCCUGAAACUAAAGUGAUUCCUUACCCGGACUGGGUGUUUGCCAUAAUCAUCCUACUCUGUGUAGUACCUGUGACUUCCAUUCCUCUGGUGGCUCUCUACAGACUGAUCCGUAGAGUCAGAUCACCUGAUCGCGGUGACCUAAACAACUACUGCAAUGAAGGCUUUGAGAUUGAAACACAGGAGCAGAACAACCGGAGAACUUGAGAAAUGUUUCAAGUAACUUGAAUUGUUACUAAAUUCCUGAACAGAAAAGUACAUCCUGUACUGCUUCUGUGGAAUUUUAUUCACUGGACAUAUAAUCAAUCAUGCUGAACUCACAACUCAGAUUAGAUUAGUCAAAAACAAAACUUAAAUUUAUUGAACGGUGAAAUUCAUUCCUUUUGUACAUGAAAUGUACAUGGUGUAAAUAACAUUCAGUUUCAAAUCAUUCACACACACAUGCGCGCACACACACACACACACACACACACACACACACACACUUCUGUGAACUUUAAAAUAUAAAUUAUUUUCCAAGUGACAUCAUGUCGUCUUUGUGGAAAACUACCACCAGUGUAAAUCAAAGUCCAGGGAGACAACAACAACUGUGGGAUGAGGAGGGGUCUGAUACAGUAGCUUAAUGGUUUUCAUAUAUCCAUCUUUAUUGAUCUGGUGGUUGUUGUUUAAAGGGUGUGUUUAUGACUAAAGUUCAUCACUUGAGUGUUUUAUAUCAGAUGACUAAGGACUGUUUAUCUCUUUUUUUCUGCAGCCACAUUUCCUGAUACUGUAUAAUAGUUACGGGACAUGUUUUUGACACACUGACAGACCAAAUAAAAGACAAUUACUGAUCUGAA